UUACAGGAAGUCUGCAAAGAAUUUGCGGAUGUUUUCAGCCCACAGCUGGGCACAUACAAAGGGCCCCCAGUCUCUUUGAAGUUGGACCCCACUGUCACUCCGAUCAGAGUAAAAGCAAAUGACCUCAGUAGAUUACCCUUACAAGAUCUCACACUUUCUCGUGUCUUAUCCUGGUUAUCCACUUUCCAGGGUUGUCUGCUGUGGGGCAGCAGAGUUGUCAUUCCUACCUCAAUGAUGUCUAGGGUCUUAGGUUCCCUUCACGAGGGUCAUCCUGGCAUUGUACGAAUGAAGGCACUUGCACGCAGCCAUUUAUGGUGGCCUGGAUUAGACAAGGAAAUUGAGGCUAAGGUGCACGCUUGCCGCCUUUGUCAGCGCUCACGCCCAGAAAUGCCCCAGGCUCCUGUGCAUAGAUGGGAAGAAACACAGUCUCCAUGGUCUAGGGUGCACAUUGAUUACGCUGGGCCCUUUCAGGGUCAAUUCUUCUUGGUCCUGGUUGAUAGCUAUUCAAAAUGGCUUGAGGUUGUACCUUUCUCCUCCACUACCACUGCAAAGACUAUCCAAGUACUAAGGGGAAUUUUUGCUGCACACGGGUUUCCGGAUGUUUUGGUGUCUGACAAUGGCCCUCAAUUCACUUCUUCCGAAUUCCAAGCUUUCUUACAGGCCAACAUGAUUCGUCAUGCCACCUCUGCGCCCUUCCACCCUUCCACCAACGGGAUGGCUGAAUGGAUGGUCCGCAUCACCAAGGAUGCUUUAAAGAAACUGACCUAUGGGGACUGGCAUCACAGGUUGGCUGACUUCCUCCUUGCUUACCGCACUACACCUUCCACUUCUACGGGAAGAAGCCCAGCUGAACUUCGCUGGGGGCGCAAACUGACUACUAAACUUGACCAGUUGCAC